UCCAGCACGCCGGACCGGAUGUCGACGGAGAGCACACAACCGCAUACGCCCAGCCAUGAGGUGGCAGUGCGUCCGCCGCCCAGUGCCGCCAACCAGUGGAAACGCGCUGCACUGAUGGCCCGGAUGGCACCGGCAUUCCGGGAAACCGUAUCCGAUGACAGCGAGGACGAGGUGGACACCAAGAAGCAGAUCAAAUACGGCAGCGGCUUCCAGGCGGCCAAGGCCAUCAUACACGAGUACUGCGACUACACGACCAUCCAUGGCAUCCGGUAUCUGGGCGAGAAGAAGCGACCGCUGCUGGAGCGACUGUUCUGGAUCAGUGUCCUCGUGCUAUCGGUCUUCACCUGCGUCAAGCUGACCCUUAAUAUCUGGGACAAGUGGAACAACAAUCCGGUGAUUGUCAGUUUUGCCGAGAAAUCCACUCCCGUCUGGCAAAUCCCGUUUCCCGCUGUCACAGUUUGUCCGGAGACAAAAACGCGGCGUGAUAUAUUCAAUUUCACCGAUUCGUAUCACCAAGUGCGUGAUUUUCAGAGCAAUGUCAGCGGCAUAGUGGACCUCACCAAUAAGCAAAAGGGAUUAUAUGGCGCUGUGUCGCAGGUUUGCGAGCCACAUUUGCAUGACGUAACACUGGGUAAUAAAACGCGGAGGGGCAUGGAAAUCAUAGACGCCCUGACUGAAGUAUCGCCCCACUUCGAUGACACCUAUCUGAACUGCAAGUGGCGCAACUCUCCGGUUAAAUGCAGUGACAUUUUCCACAAAUUUGUGACGGAGGACGGCGUUUGCUACAGUUUCAAUUCACUCAGUCCAGCGGAGAUUUUCCGGGCGGAAGGUAUCAUACCCGACUUUAUCUUCCGCGAGGAGAACCGACUGUCCAUGGACUGGAAUGUGGAGGAUGGUUAUAGCGCCGGUGCGGAUACUUCGCCUUAUCCAAAUCGAGUUUUGGGCCCAGGAGCCAGAGCUGGCUUAUAUCUAUUCAUGGGUGGUGCGGAGAUCGAUUUCGAUGACAUGUGUCGUGGGCCAGUUCAGGGCUUCAAGAUUUUGUUGCACACACCUGGCGAUGUGGCCCAAGUGUCCAAGCAGUACUUCCGUAUACCAUUCGACCAGGAGGUGCUUAUAUCCAUUCGUCCCAAGAUCAUUACCACUUCGGAUGGUCUGAAGCACUACGAACCCAAUCGGCGGCAGUGCUAUUUCCAGAAAGAAAGGGAAUUGCGUUACUUUAAUAUCUACUCGCAGAGUAAUUGUGAACUGGAGUGCCUGGCCAACUUCACGUUGACCAAAUGUGGCUGCGUCAAGUUCUCCAUGCCACGUAAUGUAAAUAUGCCUGUUUGCGGUGACGCCAGCCUGAAGUGCUAUAACCAGGCCGAGGAUGAGCUGCUGCUCAGGGAAUUCACACAGGGCUUGGUUAACGCUGGGGAAAAUACACGGGGAGAAACCGAGUGCAACUGCCUGCCAUCGUGCACUUCCAUUGCCUACGAGGCUGAGAUCUCCCAGGCUGAUUUUGAUUACAAGACAGUUAUCAAUACGGAUACUCCAGAGGGCAAGGAGGAGCAGGAGAAGAGACAAGGCAUGAAGAUGUCCCGCGUGUCCAUCUUUUUCAAGGAGGCCCAGUUCCUGACCUCUCGCCGCUCAGAGCUGUACGGUACCACCGACUUUCUUGCCAAUUGUGGUGGCUUACUGGGCCUCUUCAUGGGCGUGUCCAUGCUGAGCAUCGUGGAACUGAUCUAUUUCUGCACCGUGCGCCUCAUCUCGAACCUGAGGAUGCGCCGCAAAACCCGCAAGGAACUGCUGAAGGCGGUCAACAAGGACGCCUAAUCGCAGGACCUGCUGCACAGCCUACAAAUAAUCCAGAAUCAAGUGAAACCAGCUGAACUGGAAGCCAAAGUUGAGCUGACUCUGCUGCUCUGUGUUUGUGUUGCGUUAAAUGUUAAAUCUGCAAACAAUGAAAAUAAAGUUGUACUCAGCACUAGACGGCAAAUGCAGUCCUCUACGAGUAUCUGU